UUUUUCCUAAACUACUCUACUAGGCCAUGAAAUGUCACAAGUGCUUCAAAAAUGAAUAUCUUACGCAUUGUAAUAUUUCUUGUAAGCUUUAGUUUUGUUUAUAAUGAUACAAAUGAUGAUAGUGAUAUUACAGAAGAUAAGCGUGUUUUAGCGCUGAUGAAGGAGAGGAAACGGUACCAACGUGUGCGUUGCUCGCGUCGCUACACGCCAGGGUCUUGUAUGGACCCAGUGCGGCCCGUGUGGACUUUUGUGGUGCCGCUGCAGUCUUGCACGGAGCGCCUCGGCUGCCCAUCGGGCCUCUUCGCAAACCGCUUCAACUCAUUCGAGGAAUGUACAAGCAUGUGCCGCGAACUCGUGUACCUCUAUAUGUACUUGCAGUCUUUGGACAACGAGACGUUUGGGGUGCCGGAUGAAGGACUCGAGACCUCGACCCGACGUGCCAGCGACAUCAUGUAUGCCGAAUUAGAGCAGGAUAAAGAAGACGACCAGGACGCACAAGACGAGGUUGUUGACGAUGUCGAGGCAGACAAUUUCAGACGCAACUUCAAGUCCAUCCUAUCGAACCUGCCGGAAUCAGACCCGGAGUAUCCGGAUCGGCAAUACGAAGCCAGCGACGACCGCCCGCCGCCCCAAUCCCACAGGGAGCUGAUGGAGGAUACUAUGGAGGAUCUUGUAGUGCCUGAUAUUGAUCACUUUGUGUAAUAAACUACCUUCUGUCCUCCGUGUAGUCAA